CGACCUCGUGAAGAGUACGAAACCCCUUCGACUAUUUUCCAAUAAUUAUCAAAAUUCAACAGUCUCACCUGCUCCAUUCUCCGACGGGACUGUCUCCACGAUGCGGUUCUCCGCUCUCGCCGCCUUCACGGCCCUGACCAGCCUUUUCGGGGUGUCUCUGGCCCACAACAUCCAGCUUCGCGCGCAUUCAAGGGAAUGCUUCCACGAGUCACUACACAAGGAUGAUAAGAUGACAGUGACUUUUCAAGUCGGUGACCGAGAGUUUGGUGGAAGUGGUAACUUGGAAAUUGAUUUUUGGAUUCAAGACCCUCGCAACGGCUACCAGACGCACCAUCGUGGCGUCUCCUCCGGAGACCAUUCCUUUAUUGCUGCUCUUGAUGGUCGAUACGUAUAUUGCUUCAGCAACGAGAACUGGGUUGCCAGCACAAAGGAGGUUUCCUUCAACGUUCACGGAAUUGUAUACGUCUCUGAAGAUGACGCUUCCAACGAUCCUCUUGAAGCCGAAGUGCGCGCCCUAUCCGAGCUGCUGGCACAGGUGAAAGACGAGCAAUCCUACAUUGUGGUCCGAGAACGAACGCACAGAAAUACGGCUGAGAGUACAAACGCGCGGGUGAAAUGGUGGAGUAUCUUCCAGCUUUUUGUCUUGGGUGGAGAGGGCAUCUUUCAAGUCUGGUGGCUGAAGCGUUUCUUCGAAGUGAAGCGAGUGGUCUAGCCAAAGGCUUAAUUAUGUGUUCCAUAUUUCCCUAGAAAGACGAUUUUAUUUGAUAUGGCAUGCCAUCACGAGAGUUUUGCAUCCUAUACUUAGGGCUUGUUAUUUUUAAAGAGGUCAAAAGAAUAUACAAUUCAAUCAACAUUUGAGAGUCACCUCUAACGAGCAAAUU